AUGGGUGUCAAGGUUGCCAUAGGAGACAUGUUGCCAUGCACAUCCAUGAUCAUUAUAGAAGCUUGCGCCAUUUUCUUGACGAUUAUGGCGAGCACCGCCAUGUCCAAACUAGGGAUGAGUUCUUUUGUGUUUGUGGUUUUUACAAAUGCUCUUAGCUUUAUACUUCUUAUUCCAUUCUCUAUCCUUUUCCGCAGAAAUAACAAGACUGAGGAGCCAUUAUUCACGUUUCCCCUUGUUUUGCGUGCCUUCUUCCUUGGUUUAGUAGGGGUAACAAUAGCUCAAAAUCUUGCAUUUGCGGGACUAAGUUAUAGUUCUCCAAUAGUAGCAUGUGGUGCAGCCAACAUGAUACCUGCUUUCUCUUUCAUUAUUGCCAUUAUUCUCAGGAAAAUACGAAUUGACUGGAAGAGGCAAGCAAGCAUAGUAAGAGUGAUUGGGAGCUUAGUAUCAAUAGUGGGAAUAUUAGCAAUGACUUUCUAUAAAGGUCCAGUUGUGAAACAAUAUUCUCCAUCUUUUCUUCAUCUUGCCACGUCACCACACCUCUUCAUCUUCACUUCCACACAUGAGAAUUGGAUUCUUGGUUGCUUCUUGUUUGCAUCUGCUUCCUUUGCUCUUGUCAUUUGGAACAUUAUUCAGGUCGGAACUAGAAAGAAGCACCCACAUAUAAUGAAAAUAACAUGUCUUUAUACCUUAUUUGGAACAAUCCAAUCUGCACUACUUGCUCUAUUUAUGGAAAAAGAUCUUAGCGUUUGGAGACUUAAGCUUGAUAUGGAGCUUCUUGUCAUAGUUUUAACGGCAAUUUUCGGGAGUUUAAUACGUAUCAAUGUUCAAAUAUGGUGCUCGCGUUUGAAAGGACCCUCUUAUGCCCUAUUUUUCAAGCCCGUGGGAGUUCCAGUUGCCAGCACUUGUGGUUGUGUGCUCUUUGCUGCGACUUUCCACUAUGGAAGCAUGUUGAGUGCAUGUAUAUGUGGACUUGGUUAUUACACCACACUAUGGGGACAACUCAAAGAAGAUGAGACAAUGCAAAACAAUGAAGGCAACGUGACUACUUUUGAUGAAAGAGUUCCUCUUCUGGAAGAACAACAAGAAGAAGAUUCACAAGUCUAG